AUGUAUCCGACUUUUAUAACCGCUGGACAUUUCAAGGAGACGGGUACCUUCCCGUGUUGGUACCGGCUACCCAUCGGUUUCGAGACGUAUCCUUGCGACACCUGCGGCAGACAGUACAGGAGGGUGAUAUCGUUGCAACGGCACAAGAGACUCGAGUGCGGAAAGGAGGCUCAGUUCGAGUGUGUAAUAUGCCACUCGAAAUUCAAGCACAAACACAGUUUAUUGAGACACUAUAACGUUCACGUGGCGGACGUGAAGAAAUCGAGCAACUCUGAACGCGAACAGAGGUCGGUUAUUGGCUGCAACUUUAUCCAAAAAACGAAAAUACGAUCGAGGUACAGCAACCAGUACCAGCAAAGGCAUUUACGAGUUGAAUGUGGUCAAGCGCCGAAAUAUCAGUGUAAAAUAUGCCAUGGUUGGUUCAAAUACAAGCAUAACUUGACGGCACAUUGGAAACUGCACGUCGAGGAGCCGAAACAUAAUUGCGACCUGUGCCCAAAAAAGUUUUACAGACGAGACAGAUUGCUGGAACAUCAAAAGAGGUUGCAUAAUCUCUUGCAUAUGCUCCUUAAUCUCACCAAAGAAUCGAAUAUAAGUAUGCAAGCUCGUGGCGCGGUUCGCUGGAAACUCGCAGUGGUCCAAGUGACGCCGUACCAGUGUCCAAAAUGCUUCAAAUAUUUUAAAUCGUCGAAAUCUUGCUGCAAUCAUCGAAGCACGUGCGGCACAGACAAGAAAUUUCGUUGCGCCUUUUGUGAUUAUCGGUCUCAUCAAAAGGGAAACGUUCUUCGACAUCUUGCCACGCAGCAUCCUGAAGCGGGUCAGAAGAAACGAGUCAACUGCGUUCUAAAAACCAACGAUUGUGAGAAGAUUGCUUUAUCGUCGAAUGUAAAGUACAAGUAAACGUCUGCAAGUAGCGGAAAGAGUGUGUGUAUCGAAAAUUGCAACGUAAUUCCACGAUCUCUUCGAUUUCGUCUUCGUCAUCGAAUUUGUGUAAACUAUUGUAUCGUAUGCUUGGCAUGCCCUUCAAACGAUGUAAAGUUGAAGAGUGAUGAAAAAGUGUGGACAAAAGUAGUGUUGUAUUUAUUGUAACUAAUCCUAAGAAGGUUAUUUCUCCGUCUGUUUCGUGCUGUAUUCGUACGUCCGUUGUGCGAUUUAUUUCUCCAUUAGACGUAGAUAAUCGAGAAUUGGAUUGUUUACCGACUCUCCAGAGAAGUACGUUCUCCUAUUCUAUUUGUUUGCGAACGAUCGUUUGCUAAAAAAUAAUCCGACGUGGUACAACGUGACAUCGAUUGUGUGCAUUCGAUCGGUGGCAACGCAAGCUAACGCGCGUAAAGUUACGCAAAGAGAAUAAAAGUUUCCCUCGUACUUGAUGAACAUUGCACGUUAUAUACGCAUAUUACGCAAGGAAGGCUACGUUUCGUCAGGUUACAAGCUGGCUUGUUGAGACUAAGCCGAUCGAAACGCAGCGAUUAUCAGGUUGCUUCGAACACAAUGACACGAACGGGAGCAAAGCUACCGAGGAGAACGCCGAUCUGCCCGUUCAAGCAUGGAAGAUCCAGGAACAGGGGCCACCAUUCGCCGAGUUGAAGAUACCAAAGGCUUACAACUACGUUGGCAAGAAGCCACCAGGACAAUUUGGCUGUAGUAGAUGCGGAAGAUCGUACAUGAGGAAGGAUUCGUUACAACGGCACGUUCAUUGGGAAUGCGGCAAGGAACCUCAGUUUCAAUGUCCGUUCUGUCCUCAGCGAUGUAAACGGAAGGCUCACUGGUUGCGACAUAUUCGCCGACAGCACCUGGACAAAAUUGGAGACAUGGAGGCCUAUUUGCUAGCUUACUCGCCGAAGCUCGAAAUCGACUAAAUGGGCAAACGUUUCGAUUUCCAUUUGUCGAGAACUCGAACGAUCAACAUUCGAAUUUUGCUCUAUGCUAUAAUUGUCCAAAAUUCGUUGCGAUCGAUCUCUUACGUCUGCCAUUUACUUUUUCCCUCCUACUUGGUGCCAGCUUUCGGAAAAAUUAUUAUCAAUUUAAAAUAUAAAUUUCUCCCGUAAAGCCUGGUAACAUUCGCGUUGUGCGUAUUUGCUUUUUUUUCUUUUUUUUUUUUUUUGUACCAAUAUAUGACGAACAACGAAAUGAAAACGAAUCGCGAAAGCAGCUUCUAGGGAUGUUCGAUAAAAUUCAAGAAUUGAUUUUAGUGGAAUUUAGUUUGCUUCUCGAAAAUUGAAAUUAAGACAAAAAAGUAUCGACAUUUUGACCUGUGUUUUAACGAUAAAUUUUAUCGAUAAAUCUUUUUUUAUCUUUUUUUUACACUAUCCUGAUGCAUAUAUAUAUUUGUAUUAUUCAUAUAUAUUUAUUUAUUUAGCGAGAAAGGUUGUACCAAUGAAAUAUACGUCUCAGGUUGUUAAAAUAAGCAAAAUUAGCUUUACUCUUGAAACAAAAGUAAAGCAAAGAUAAAAAAAAAAUGUCGUACUUUAUUCUUAAAAGCGUGCAUCGAACAAUCGUAAUCGUGAGUCUUGUAUUUCGAGCUUAAGACACCGACUGAUAUUUAUUAGAGAUAUGUACAUCGGAUUUAUGUGUGGUUAACAUUUUUAUAUUUUUAAUACGUUUUGCGAUAUUCUUUUCCUCUCUUUCUGUUCUUUUUUCUUUCCCCCUUUCUUUUUUUUUUCUUUUUGUAAAACCGAGAUAUUUAUGCUUUUCAUAGAAAUAGUUUGUCGAUCGCAUCAUGUACUCGAUCUCCAGUGCCUUAUCGAUGCGCGUAGAUGUAAUCGUAAUGGCUCACCACGACAAUAACUACGAGUUUCUAAAUCUCACGAGCAGAAAGAAAGUACACGAAAAAGAAUUAGUCUUAAAUAUUAGAUCUUAAAAACAAUACGAGUAAGAGUAUUUUCUAUGGACGUGGUAGGAACAUAAAUGGGUUCGUAAGCGAACUUUUGUUAAGACUGAUAUUUAAGCGCGACAAUCAUGAGUCGCAGUGUUGCAUUAUGAUCUUGCGACCUAGUAUUAACGUUUUAAGCGAGCCCUAUCGUAUUCGUACGUUUGAUUAAAUAAAUGUGUUAGAAGACGAAAA